AUGAGAUCAACAAUCUCAAUACAGAUAUCUGUCGCAUCCUCCCAUUUCUCUUUAGCGGGAAUUAUUCAUUGGUGUAAAUUUAGGGAUAAUGAGAUAAUUUUUGGAGCAAUAUUUUUUGGUGUUAUUCAUCGGGGUAAUUGGACCACACCCUCAAAAUUACCCCAAAUAGCUUGCUGGAACAACAACUUGGGUAAUCUUGCCCUCUCACCCUCCUCACAACGUCUCUUCUUCUUCCAUCGCAUUCUUCCGACUCUAAUCCCUCAUUUUCCACCUCCUCCGCCGCCGCCUCAAUUGGCUAGGACCCAGAGCCUCCGACGCCAAUCCCUCCUCCUCUGCCUCCUCCGCCGCCGCCUCAACCGUCUCUCGAACCCAGAGUCACUUGAGGCACCACGCAAUGUUGCUCCGAUUGAUGGUGAUUCUGAUGAGGACGGUGACCUACAAAAUCAACAAGCACAGCGGACAACUACAUCAUGUUGGAGAGAACAAAUGGCAAACACAAUGUGGGAGGAUGGGACAAAUGUAGCCCAAGGAGUCUAGAGCAAAGUUAUAUGCCGAUAGAUUAUAUUUGUACUAAUUAAGAUUUAAGUUACUGACUAAGACUUUAUUUAUAAUAAUUGAGACUUCAUCAUCAUCAUUGUAAUAGAUGUAGGAAUGAUUAAAUAAUUAUUUCAAUUGAAAA